CCACCUCCCCUUCCAGAAAGAUCUCUUCCUCGGCCUCCGCCCCCUCCCCUGCCGCCAAGGAACAAUUCCCAAUUGCCUCCGCCACCUCCCUAUUCCGCCGUGGAUGAGUCCCGGGCCUCGUUGGCCUCUCCGGAUCAACAAGGCCCUCAGAUCCUGCUCUCCAAGGUCAAAGACCCCCGUACUUCGUCAUCUCAAUCUCUGGUGCCAUCAGGCUCCGACUCGGAUGGCAGGCGAACUCUUCUGUUGGUCUACAUCCAUGGUUUCUAUGGGAAUGACCAGUCCUUUCGAUCAUUCCCAGCCCAUGUCCAUAACUUCUUACGUGAAGCCCUGUCAGAAACGCAUGUUGUCCACUCCAAAGUGUAUCCCAGGUACAAGACCUACAAGGCCAUAGAUGUUGCGAGGGAUAACUUCAGUGCUUGGCUGGAGCCUCACGAGUCACCCACAACCGAUGUCAUCCUCAUAGGUCAUUCCAUGGGAGGCUUACUGGCUGCCGAGAUGGUUCUCAUGCCUAGCCAGAUCUCGUCCAGCCAGUAUCCUCUGAAGCAUCGUAUUCUAGGAACUCUAUCCCUAGAUUCGCCCUUUCUGGGACUUCAUCCCGGCAUCGUAGCUUCGGGAAUCUCAAGUCUCUUUCAGCCCGGCCAAACCCCUCCUAGCCAAGACUCCGCAUCACCGUCUCUUCCAGAAGCUCACUCGGCAGAUCCACAGCCCUCAUCACCUACCAUGUCUCCGAAUAGCCCACUGAGCGGACCAAGAGAUCCCAAUUUUGACCCCCCUUUCUUCAAUGACGCGCCGUUCAGAGAAAAGUCAUUUCUUACCCGCGUGAUGAAUUUCAGUUCCAAGCAUUGGUCUGAAGGCCUCAUUACUGCCUUGGGUAAUCAUAUUGCCUCCCAUCUAGAGUUUGGCGGAUGUCUGGCCGACUAUCGCGGACUCAUGUCGCGAUACAAUCAACUUCGUGCUCUUGAAGAUGUGGACGAUCUCCAGGCGUUGAACAGUGGUACAUUCAACAAUUCACACACGCGAGUUCGUUUUGUGAACUACUAUACGCUGUCUUCUGGCCGCCCCAAACAGCCAUCCACAACUCAAGGCAGUCAUGAUGACACAAGAACCCUCUCCUCUCCCACCCUUUCUAAGCCUAGCACUCCGGCUAAAGAGAGUGAGCUGAAUGAGCCAGUAGCAGCCUCAGUGCCAAAAGAAGAGAAGGACAUUAACCACGCCAGUUCAAGUUCCCAGUUGGAAGAACCAGAACUAACUAUUGAUUCAAAUCGGCUGUCUAGACUUUCUAUGCUGUCCAUGCAAGAGAUUGACCCGAUCCCCAUGGAUGAGACAGAAUCCGAUUUCGUAGAACAAGGCUCUGAAAUCACCCUACCGACCAUCUCAGACGGACCGCCCGUUUCGAUGAAAGGUUCCAUCGAUGAGAUAAGAGAUCCGUCAGACCCAACACUUGUUUCUCCUCUCGAUAUAGACCUCCCUCCGAUUCCCGAUCUCCCUAAUCCCCCCGAGCAGCCCGACCUCUCGCAAUACACAGAUAAAGACUCCCGCAAGCAAGCAGAAAAAGAAUUCAGCCGCCUGCAAAAGGCCUACGAGAACGCCGUCAAAGACCGCAGCAAGGCCCUCCGCGAACGCGAGAAACUAAUCGAGAAGCGCCAAAAGAAGGCCCAAAAGGACGCCCAAAAGGACGCAGACAAGCUAGAAAAGGACCUGAAGAAGCAAAAGCAAAAAGCAGAACAGGAAAAGCGCCGCCUCGAAAAGGAAGAAGAAAAAGCCGGCAAGGCGGAGAAGAAGCGGCUGGACAAGGAAGCCGCCGCCGCCGCGAAACAGCUCGUCACGGCAGAUGAAACCAAACGCAGCGCCGCGGCAUCGUCAUCCGUCGCUUCGCUGGCUGAGACGGAGGCUGAAAUGGCGGGUACAAGUAAGCCAAGGAAGAUGAAAAAGUUUUGCACUACGCCGAGCAAGACGAAUGGCGUUAUGGAUUCGACGUGGGUGAGCGUGUACAUGGACGGCAUGGACGAGGUGACGGCCCAUUGCGCGCUCUUCUUGCCUGGGCCGCAUUACGAUAGGUUGGUGGGUGAUGUGGGCGGCCGGAUCGUGAGUUGGGUGCAUAACGACCUUUCUGUGAGGGCCAUGAUGGAGAUG